UCAUAUUUAACGAGGAAAAAAAAAUCUUCUUCUUCAACCUCGUGUCGUCGUCGGAUCUGUAGCUUCAGCGUCACCGGAGAGACAACGACGCCGGUGGAAAUGACGAUGUUUCACUUCUUCAACUGUGCGAUUCUCACCUUCGGUCCUCACGCUAUCUACUACUCAGCCACGCCGUUAUCUGAAUACGACACCCUUGGCACCUCGGUGAAGGCUGCAGUUGUCUAUCUCGCAACAGCGCUAGUAAAGCUUGUUUGUUUGGCAACCUUUCUUAAAGUAUCAGAGAGCGAGACAUUCGAUCCAUACCAGGAACUACUGAAAGCACUGAUCGGCUUCAUAGACGUUGCCGGUCUAUAUUUUGCCUUGACUCAGCUGACUCACAGGAACAUAUCCCAAAACCACAAAUUUCAGGCUGUCGGGCUCGGAUGGGCUUUCGCCGAUUCUGUUUUACAUAGGUUGGCACCCCUCUGGGUUGGUGCCCGAGGGCUGGAGUUUACGUGGGAUUACAUUUUUCAAGGAUUCGAAGCGAAUGCUAAUCUGGUGUUUAGCAUAUCUCUAUCUGCUCUGGGUUCAUUGAUGUGGCUUCGGAAGAACAAGCCGAAGGCUCUGAUUCCCGUCAUAUACUUGUGCGCGGUGAUUGUUGCCACUAUGCCUUCUAUUACGAGCUACCUAAGGCGAGGCUUGGGAUGGCAUUUCCCGAGAGUCGUGGGGUUCGAGCUGACCACUUCCCUGGUCAUGGCUUUCAUCAGUUGGCAACUCUUCUUCCUCUGUCAAAAGCCCUCCUCGUGAUUUCGCCCUGCCGAGACCAAACUCAAGUUCCGACUGCUUGGAUGUCAAAAGCCCUCCUCGGGGUUUUCGUUUUCUCUCGUUAUCCCGGAAAGCUUUAUACUGUAAGGACGAUCAAUGUUUUUUUCCCGACCAAGUUGCUGUCCAUUGCAAGAGUUUCAACUCCGCCAGCCCUCUUUACUUUGUAGUUUGAUCAAAACUUUUAAUUAUUUUUAUUCAAGAACGAAACGACUAUACAUA